GGCAGCUUCAGAACAACAUGUUCUGCAUUUCAACCUCAUCAAAGAUUAAAUUGAUGUUUAUGGGCUAAUCUGGAAACCUAAAUACAAUUUCUUUCACUACAUCUGUAAGAAAAUAUGUUCAAAUUCCCGUUGGCUGACUUAUAAAGGGGCUUUUGGAGCACAACCUAAUUGUGAAGUACUCCUUAAGCCCUGACAACUAUCUUGAAGAUGGAAUUAUGAAUAUGGCAACUUUUCUACGGGGCUUUGAAGACAAGGGGAUAAAGAAUGACAGGCCUGAGGACCAGUUGAGUAAAGAGAAAAAGAAAAUUCUGUUCUCCUUCUGUGACGUGUGCAACAUCCAGCUAAACUCUGCAGCCCAGGCCCAAGUCCAUUACAACGGCAAGUCCCAUCGCAAACGCGUCAAGCAGCUGAACGAUGGCCAGCCCCAGCCCGCCGCUCAAGGUGGGCCGCUGCUGGCCUGCCCCAGCACCAACACCAGCACAGGCAGUACAUGCCACACUCCCGCCCUUCCUGCUCUUGUGCGCACACCUACCCUGAUGAUGCAGCCUUCACUGGAUAUCAAACCAUUUAUGUCUUUUCCAGUGGACAGUAGUUCUGCUGUGGGACUCUUUCCAAAUUUUAACACAAAAAGAAGAGGCUUAUUUGGGACCAAUAAAUUCUGUCAGAUGGAUCCUGUGCAAAAAGCAGUCAUUAACCACACAUUUGGAGUGUCCAUUCCCCCGAAGAAGAAACAAGUUAUUUCUUGUAAUGUCUGUCAGCUUCGCUUUAACUCAGAUAGCCAGGCCGAGGCCCACUACAAAGGAAGUAAACAUGCCAAGAAGGUCAAAGCACUAGAGGCAACGAAAAAUAAACCCAAAAUGGUUUCUUCCAAGGACAGCGCAAAGGCUAAUCCCAGCUGCUCCAUCACGCCAAUCACAGGCAACAGCUCUGACAAAUCAGAAGACAAAGGGAAGCUAAAAGUCAACAGUUCCAGUCAGCCCUCAAGCUCUGAAGGUGGCUCAUUUCUCCUCAAAUCUGGCACAACACCCCUGCCACCUGGAGCAGACACUUCUCCCUCCAAGAGCACAAAUGGCGCUCCUGGUACUAUUUCAGAAUCAGAAGAAGAAAAGGCCAAAAAAUUGCUUUAUUGUUCACUAUGCAAAGUGGCUGUGAACUCCCUGUCACAGCUAGAGGCACACAACACAGGAUCUAAACACAAGACCAUGGUUGAAGCUCGUAAUGGGGCUGGUCCAAUUAAGUCUUAUCCUAGACCUGGAUCAAGAUUAAAGAUGCAGAAUGGCAGUAAGGGGUCAGGACUACAGAACAAGACAUUUCAUUGUGAAAUCUGUGAUGUUCAUGUUAAUUCAGAAAUUCAGCUCAAACAGCACAUUUCUAGCCGAAGGAAUAAGGAUCGAGUUGCAGGGAAACCACUGAAGGCGAAAUACAGCCCUUACAACAAAAUCCAGCGGAGUCCAAGCAUUUUAGCAGCAAAACUUGCAUUCCAGAAAGAUGUGAUGAAGCCGUUGGCCCCCGCCUUCCUGUCCUCGCCCCUGGCGGCAGCUGCGGCAGUGUCCUCCGCGCUGUCACUUGCCCCCCGGCCUUCUGCCUCGCUCUUCCAGGCUCCAGCCAUCCCUCCCGCUCUCCUGAGGCCCGGCCAUGGGCCCAUCCGUGCCACUCGCUCCAUCCUCUUCGCUCCCUACUAAUGUCUGCAAGCCCCAGUAGGUGGAGGCCAGUAGGAAAGAUGAAAAGGAAAGCCAAAAGGAUUGAGCAAGUCAAGCAUUUUGUGUCGCAGUGCCCUCCACGCCCACCCCAGCCACAAAAUGCAGCAUACCACCCAAGCCUGACUCCAAAGAACAAAUCUCUAGAUUCAAGAGUGCUUUGAGGGGCCCUCCUGUUAUGUAGGAAUCUGAAAGUCACAGGCUUUAUCUCCCUAAGCCCUCUCCCUGCUCUAGCCUAUUCGAUUUGUGUAUCUGAGAUAUUUGGUUUCUUGCAAAUAUGUAUUGGUCAGAAAAAAAUAUAUACAUAUAUCAUUCACUGACUAGUUUUCCAUGGGUGUGAUCUGGCUUAGAAACAAUAUGGAAUAUUUUCCUAACAGACUUGAAAUCUAGGGUCUUCCUCACACGUCUGUAAAUAACUCUGGAAUCCAACCGGGCACAUUCUUGUGUGGAACAAAAAUAGAUGAGCACAAGUGCUUCCUUGUGGAUACCAUCUUACCAACAAAUCACAAUGUUUUCUUUUUGGUGUACUAUUGUUGGCAGGGACUGUGUACUGUUUUAGAUCCAAGUACUGUUGUAUCCUGUGUAGUACUAGAACUGUAUCUCUUGUCUGAGUUAAACAUCUUUAGUUGUUGUGUAAGUGUUAGGAAGCAAAGUAGCUUUGAAUCUUCUCUUUAUGAGAACAAAAGAUAAAGUAAUGUAUUUUUUUUAUUUCCCAUUUUAUUUGGUGAUAUUUAACUGAACUAGAAAGCCAUAUAACAUAGCUAUAAUUACUACCUGUUCGCUAUUUUUGUUUAAUUUAUUUUGUAGCUUCCUCACCAGUUUGAGUUGCUAAGCAAAUGUAUACAAACAGAAAAGAGCUUCCUAAAUUGCACAUUUUUGCACCUCUUGUGCAUUUUGCAAGACGACAAUGAAUCCAUGUAUUUCUAUGUAAUUAUCUUCUUCAUUUUUAACCUGUUUUCGUUUGUAAUGAUGCUACAGAAUUUUGUGGCUCCCUGAUGCAAUAAUGUACAGAAGAUAAAAAAGAAAUUUAUAAUUGAACAAUUUGUCUUUCUGUUCACUGAAUUAUGUUGCAGGUCAUGCUCCCAUGCCCCCCUUUCUAAGCUGAUAUUAACAAGACUGGAAUGUUUGUGAUAUCAGGGGCGAGAAGUACCAUAACACAACACAAUAGAGUGAACUCUUUUUGAGCAUCUGUAUCUGCAAUCUAUAAAUGGUAAAAUGUCUGUGUAUUUUUUUAAAUGUA